UCAUCCUGUGGGCUCAUAUAUUCACCUAUUCGUGUUUGUUCUACUGUCCCAAUAGCAGCCAUUCGUGAGCUAAAGAUAGAUUAUUAGCCUCGUUUUCUCGCAACCCAUUCAAAGUUUGAAAUUAUUAAGACCAAAGGACCUCAACGUGUUUGCAGCGAUCAACUCACCAACCUCACCGGUCAUUAUAUCUUCUUCGUUGCAUGCCUUAUUUGCCGAGUUCUGAGACAGGAGAAAGCAGCAAAGAGAGAUCGAGGAGGACGAAGCCAGCAACGGGCGUGCAGGAAAUGGAGAAUCCCGGGAGAGAAGGUGACCCGGAGGCUCAGCCUCUCCUAAACCAUGAAGCCGGCGAUCGCAUAACCGCGAUACAACAGGUCAUCAGCCAGACGUACCAAGGCACCGCCCACCUCGCCAACCACCUCCCCACCGGCACGGUGCUCGCCUUCCAAUUCCUUUCCCCUGCCUUCACCACCUUCGGCCGCUGCACCGAGUCGAGCCGGUUCAUGACCGCCUGCCUCCUGGCCCUCUGCGCCCUCUCCUGCUUCCUCCUCAGCUUCACCGACAGCUUCUACGACGAAGCAACCCGGCGGGUGCGCUACGGCGUGGCCACGUUCCGGGGCUUGUGGGUCAUCGACGGCUUGCAGCCGGUAGCGCCGGAGCUGGCCGUGAGCCACCGACUGGGGCCGUUGGACUUCCUCCAUGCCUUCACGUCGUUGGUGGUGUUCGCGGCGGUGGCGUUGCUCGACAAGAACGUGGUCUCGUGCUACUACCCGAUGCCCACCGACAUCGAGCUUCAGGUCCUCACAGCGUUGCCGGUCGGGAUUGGAGUUCUCGGCAGCGCUCUGCUCGUCACUUUCCCCACCAUCCGCCAUGGAAUUGGGUUUCCAGUUACUCAUACGCAGUAGAUUGAUACCGAUGUUGGUAGCGUUUGCUCGUUCUUCGGUUGUCUCCGUGAUAUUGUUUGUCCAUUUGCUCUCCUUGUUCUGUUCACGUAUCUGUGGACUGGAGAAGACUCGACAUGCAUGCCAUGUUUGUUUGACUCUCUCAAUGUAAGCUUUUGGCAUAUCCACGCUACCAACCAAUAACAAAAAGAUGUAGUUUGUCUC